AUGUGGAAAUUCGCAAUUUUUAUCAGUGUCAUUUGUGUCACUGCAUUAGCUGUCGAAGAAGAUAAAGAUUCACAGAAAGAUGAAGUUGAAGGUUUUGUUGAAUUAAUGGAAAAACUAUGGGACGUUUUUGAAAAAGUUUCUAGUCGCAAUGCGACUAUCAGUGAACCUAAAGCAUUUGGAGAAGAAGAAGUGCACAAUUCAAAAGUAUUAUCGUCUUCAUCAGCAUAUUGCAGAAAGAGACCAACAUCAAUAUUAUGUGAAACAACAACACCAGGUGGCUUAAAUUUAUAUUUUGUUUUAAAGAAAAGAUAA